GAGUGGGCAAUUGCCCCUAAUUUUGUGGAAAAUAUUAGGUAUUAAGUUCAACCUUCUCCAAAAUCUCUUCCCAUCCUCACUAAAAGAAAAAACGUGCAUAUAUAUAUAUGUGCAAGUUUGAAGUAACUAGCACAAUAGCUAGCAAGUACCCAUGCGUGCCUAUAACUAUCAUCGUUUCCUCAUCGGUGAGUUGUGCUCCGAUAACCCAAAUCCAAGAACACAAACUUUAAUGGCUCCUCCAAGCUCUUCACCCUUCUACGUGAGGAUACGCAACCUGGAAUUGCUGCCUCCGGCGAAGCCAACCCCUCGCGUUCUGAAGCAACUGUCCGACAUAGACGACCAGAAAGCCCUCCGGUUCCAGCUUCCGGUGGUGAUGCUCUAUGAGAACAAGAGGAAUGCUCCAGGAACAGGAAGAAGGGAUCCGGUGAGGGUGAUUCGAGAAGCCAUAGCAGAAGCUCUUGUCUUCUACUACCCGCUCGCUGGAAGGCUCAUUGAGGGCCCAAACAAGAAGCUGGCCAUGGACUGCACGGGCGAAGGCGUCUUGUUCUUAGAAGCCGACGCCGAUGUGAGUCUCGAGCAGCUCGGCGACGCCAUUCAGCCGCCGUGCCCUUAUAUGAACGAGUUUCUGUAUGAUGUUCCUGGCUCGGGAGGAAUCACCGAUUGUCCUUUAAUGUUGUUUCAGAUAACACGUCUAUCAUGUGGAGGAUUUGUAUUUGCAAUACGACUGAACCAUGUGAUUAGUGAUGGUCCCGGCUUAGUCCAAUUCUUAAAGGCCGUAGCAGAGAUAGCACAAGGUUCUUCUGAGCCAUCGUUGCUACCGGUUUGGGAAAGAGAGCUCCUGAACGCAAGGCACCCACCAAAGAUAACGUGCGCGCAUCACGCUUAUGAGAAUUUGAGCAACCACAACAGCAGAUUAGUCUCCAUGGCCAGCAACAACACGGUCCAUGAAUCUUUCUUCUUCGGCCAUACAGAGAUAAGAGCCCUUUUGAGGCAUCUCCCCCCACGCCUUCAAUCAUCCUCUACAUUCGACGUGCUCACCGCGAGUCUGUGGAGAUGUUGGGCAAUUUCGAUGGUGCCAAAUCCAGAAGAGAUUGUUUCCUUGUGCUUCUCCACCACUGUGCGCGGCAAGAAUGGCGUACGCUUGCCUCGCGGAUAUUAUGGCAACGCAUUUGUUAUGGCGUCAGCCAUUUCAGAGGCUGGAAAGCUGUGCAGGAACCCGGUAGGGUAUGCGCUAGAGCUAGUGAAGAAAGCAAAAGCCCAGGUGAAUGAAGAGUUCAUUAGAUCAUCGGCAGAUUGCAUUGUGAUGAAGGAGCGACCCUCAUUUUUAACACCAUGGAAUUUUGUUGUAAAUGAUACGACAAGGGCUGGUUUCACAGAGGUGGAUUUUGGCUGGGGAAUGCCAACUUAUGGCGGUCCUGAACACACAGACACGUCUCUUAUGAACCUCUGUACAAGGUUUAAGAAUGGUAAAGCGGAAAAGGUGAUUAUGGUGCCCAUGCAUUUGCCUGUGGCAGCCAUGGAAAGGUUCGAGGAGGAGAUUUGGACAAUGACCCGUGAGCCUGUUGAACAUUCAAUUCUUGUCGAGUCGGCUAAUCAAAUUCCAUCUAGGCUCUAAUUAACCAAGGAGCUUGGUCUAUGAUCCAUCUUUCAAUUUUUAAAAUUGUUAUCAGAGAAAAAAGAAAUCAAUUAUUGUAGGGAUGUUUGUUUUAGCACUAAUAAUUAAUAAGAGGCAUUUCGUAGUAAAAGCAUAACUAUAUGUUGCUCA